AUGCCGUCUUGUGCCAUUCCUACCUGUAAAAAUGUUGUUGGGCUCCAGAAGAAAAAGGAUGGGAUCACAUUUCAUGUUUUCCCUGCUGAUGAAAAAAGGAAAACGGAGUGGACUAAAAUUAUACAAAGAGCACGGCUAGAAGAGUUUUGGAAACCGUCAAAGCGAAGCGUAGUUUGCUCAAUGCAUUUUGAUGACAAAUAUUUUUAUGAAACAAAGCGAGGUUUCAGAAGGCUUAGGAAGGGAGCUUUUCCAAAUAAGCAUUUGGCCAUGGCAACAACAGCGUCAGAGUUAUGCAUUGAAACAUCUAAAAAUGCUUCGCCUGUUCAAUCAAACUCAGAGAUUGGUGAUGUGAAUAUUUCUGAUUUAGACUAUAUAUUUGAUACGCCGAAAAAAGCGAAACUAAGAUCCCAAUUACGCAGCAAAAAAUUAAUUUGUAAGACACAUGUCCGGCGAAUUAAAACAUUACAACAAAAAAAUAAACGUCUUGUAAAAAAAGAACGAAUCUUUAAAAAGUGUCCUAACGAAUUUGAAAAAUAA